UGCUCAAACCUGUACGCUAUGUACAUAUACACACACACGAACACAAAAGGGCUCCGGACUUCGGCGAAUAAUGUAACUUGCUGCUGGGUUUUCCCGGGUCCGUGACCCUAUACAACGUCGAAAACGCCGUGGCGCACAUGCCCAUUUUCCGACCUCAACGUAGCCCUCGAUGUCGACCAGCCCGACGCGUCCCACCCCGACGCACCCUCGCUCGUCUUCGGCUGCAUAGCAUGCCAAGGCAGCAACUUGUCAUGUUUGGUACGUCACAUAAGCCACUAUCUCGCCCUUACGCGGGGCGGCGCACCCACGAUGCACCAUGACACCUCCGUCAGGCGUACCGCUCGAGCCCGUGCUGCACGCCCAAGCAAUCUUGGAGACGAUUGUCGCUGCCAAAGUGCACGCUAGGGUGCGCUUCCGCGCUCAGCGCAUGGCCCUCUGUGAGUGCUCCAUGUCGCUGACUAACGCCAGUGAGGUUCGUCUCAUGCCAGGCCCUUGCACAAGCCGCCCGCCAUAUCGGUCGCCCCGCCAGCCUUUCCUCGCCAGCGCCCGGCCAAGAAGAGGCUGCUGCGCUUGGCGCAAGCGCAUGCGCAUGCGACAGCGGAGCUCAAGCAGCGCGAUUGAGACCGCUCCCACUCCCACGCUGCCAGCGAAACCAGGGCACCGCCGAAGACAGCGCACGAUGCCGAUGCGUGGCACUUGCACCAUCCUCGUACCCAAGCUUGUAUCCGCCAUCAUUGGAGAAGCAAUGAGCGAGCCCUCAUCCGCGUCUGCUUGCUGCCCAACGCAACGAUCAGAAAGCAUCUCAGCGAGCAUAAUAGCAAGACCAACAUUAAACCUCACGCGCUUGAGCAGGAGCAUGGAAAGUCGUCGCCGCACUCAUCACUCUCAUCUUCCACUUUGUCAGUAGCGUCGAGAGACGAUAAGCGCGCGAAAAACCUUCUUCGCAAAUUUCAGUCCUCCUUUGCUGCGCUGUUGCAGGCGCAUGCGCGCUCAGCGCUCAUUUGCGAAGCUGCGCGCCGCGGUCUUGCGUGGCGAUUGUCUGCGGCGAGCGCAAGCAUGCACAGGAUUCGUUGAACGGCCUGCACCUCGACCUGCUCGCCUCGAACUUCUGUGGCCCAUCCAUGAUGGGGAAGGCGAGGUUGCGCAUAUCGUCUGUCUGGGCUGGUCGCCCAUGGAGGAACUGGCGCACGUGUUUAGCAUCCCGUACAAGCUCGCAAGGCCGCAGGCGUAGGGCGGUGGCAGCGCGAAUCAAUCAUCAAAUCCCAAAAGAAGUUUCACGCAUUCCACGGACUGUCAUAUCCUCUCUUGUAUACCCGCAAUACAGCAGCAACGCCUGUAAUACAAUCAAUCACAGAAAUUUUCUUGCACCAAUCAAUC